UUUUUUUCUCUCUCUUAACGCCCCCUCCCCUCGCUCCUCGCGCCCCUGGAUGGUCGAAUGGUGCGGCAGUGAGCGGAGAGAGAGACGCGCUCAUCUCUCGGCGAGCCCCCACAGUUAGAUGACACUCUCCUCCUGCUCCACGGGUGGGUCACGAUGGCAAGAAACAAUCACCUCCCCGAAAAAAAAUAAAUAAAUAAAAUGAGGAGGAGGAAUAAAGAGCAGCGUCGCAAGGAGUGACUUCCCUCGGAGAAGCGCGCACGCGUGGGUGUGAGACGCACGUUGAAUCUACUCCAAAGAAUACAAGUCAGGACGUCGGGAGUGAACUAAACAAUUUUAUUUAUUUAAUGGACUUUAAAAAAAAAAAAAAACCGGAUUUUAAAACCAUCCACGGAUUGCAGAGCAAAGGAAAAUUUAAAAGGCAAAUCUGUCAUAUUGGAAAGUGACCUUGAUGGAUUAUGUGAUCGCGACACUUUGAGAAUGAUGCUUUCAGCCUAAUGUUUUUAUUAUUGUAAGUAUAAAACUUUUUUUUUUUUUUCACCAGCCGCCCACGUGGAAAUUUUGGCUUUUACCAAUCUGCAUUCAAAGACACUGAAGAAAUAUAACACAGACAGCAGUGGUGGGUUUCGAUCCAGAUGGCCAAUAUAGUCAAGUGGAAACGCCUGGAGUACCAUUAAACAAAUCAGAUAAACGCACUGCGAAAGCCGUCAAUAGACGUUAUUGACGAGGUGCUAUAUAAGGCUAAUGACUGCCAGCACUCGACGCAGCUCGGCAGCAAACGUGGUUGGGAAACUUUCCCAGAAGGUGGACGGUAGAGUAACAGCAGCCUUUUCUGUGGUCUUUGAAUGCACCAUGUUAUGAGCACACCACUAAUUGGACCGAAUAAUAUGCGCAGAAUGUGUGGCGAGAGUUGAUGCUGGGAUAGUUGGCGAGAUUCUGACCACCAAAAGCCAGAAUGGCGGUUCCGACCAGGUGCCUAUGGGUGACCCGGGCGACGGGAGAAGCGACGCAGAGACGGCCGACUUUUCAGUCCUGAGAUCCGUCCCUGGCGCGGCGCAGCUGCAGUGGGCCGGGUGAUGUGAUGGGGUGACGGCUCACCCCCGCCCCGAUCCCUAAAAUCCCACCCACCCCGGAUACAGUCUCGCUUAAACAAUGGAUCACAAUUUCUCAACGGUUCGAGACGGCAGACAGAUUCUGCCCGAGCACGACUCGUCCAAACGUGUCCUGACGGGAUGCUUCCUUUCCCUCCUCAUCUUCACCACGCUGUUGGGCAACACGCUGGUGUGCGUAGCCGUCACCAAGUUCCGCCACCUGCGCUCCAAGGUCACCAACUUCUUCGUCAUCUCUCUGGCCAUCUCCGACCUUCUGGUCGCCAUCCUGGUGAUGCCUUGGAAGGCCGCAACAGAGAUCGUAGGUUUCUGGCCCUUUGGAGCCUUCUGCAACGUAUGGGUGGCGUUUGACAUCAUGUGCUCCACCGCCUCCAUCUUGAAUCUUUGCGUAAUCAGCGUCGACCGCUACUGGGCCAUCUCCAGUCCGUUCCGCUACGAACGCAAAAUGACCCCCAGAGUGGCGUGUCUGAUGAUCAGCGUGGCCUGGACGCUGUCCGUUCUCAUCUCUUUCAUCCCAGUUCAGCUGAACUGGCACAAAACUCAGAGUACUACCUACGCUGAGUUCAACGGAACGUACCCGGGCGAGCUGCCCCCCGACAACUGUGACUCCAGCCUUAACCGGUCUUACGCCAUCUCCUCGUCGCUCAUCAGUUUCUACAUCCCCGUGGCAAUCAUGAUUGUCACGUACACCCGCAUCUACCGCAUCGCCCAAAAACAGAUCCGGAGGAUAUCCGCCUUGGAGAGGGCAGCGGAGAGUGCCAAAAACCGUCACAGCAGCAUGGGGAACACGUCCAGCAUAGAGAGUGAGAGUUUGUUCAAAAUGUCCUUCAAGCGAGAAACCAAAGUGUUAAAGACGCUCUCAGUCAUCAUGGGGGUGUUUGUGUGCUGCUGGUUGCCCUUCUUCAUCCUCAACUGCAUGGUUCCCUUCUGCGAGCCCAACCUGCCCAACGAUGCCAACGACUUCCACUGCAUCAGCCCGACCACCUUUGACGUGUUCGUGUGGUUUGGCUGGGCCAACUCAUCGCUCAACCCCAUCAUCUACGCCUUCAACGCCGACUUCCGCAAGGCCUUCUCCAUCCUGCUGGGCUGCCACCGCCUUUGCCCGGGGAGCAACACCAUCGAGAUCCUCAGCAUCAACAACAAUGCCGGAGCGCCACUUCCCAACCCCAGCUGCCAGUACCAGCCCAAAAGCCACAUUCCAAAGGAGGGCAACCACUCGGAUGGCUCCGUGAUGCCCCACAGCAUCUUGUGUCAGGAGGAGGAGUUACACAAGCUGGAUGGAGGCGUCACAGACGAGAUGGAGGUAGGUGUGGUAAACAAUGCCUUGGACAAACUGUGCCCAGCCAUCUCGGGGAAUCUAGACAGCGACACAGAGAUUACUCUGGAAAAGAUCAACCCCAUAACCCAGAACGGACAGCACAACACCAUGUCCUGCUGAACACUCGGAACGGACAUCUUGCCUGACAUAGUGAGUGUGUUACGUCCUACAGGACAUUCGGACUAUCAACCCUGAUCCACAAGGGGAAAAAAAACAACUUCCGAAUGUUUCAAAGUUAAAGGCACUUUAUUCCCGGUAAACAUACUGCAAAAUGCUGAUGGUGUGAUACCAGACCACCACAUGCACAUGGAUGCAUUCCCCCCCCCCCCCCCCCCGUAAUUAAGAUGCAUAAAUGUUCAUCCUGUACAGUACAGAGUGACUUUUAACAGUAUAUAGCGCAAAGGAAGAUGUAGUAAAGGUUAUCAAAAUGUGUUGGGUAAUGCAAUCAAUAUCUGAUUCUAUUUUUAAUUUCAGUAUAACUAUGGCAGUUUUCUUUGGAGAGCAAACAUUUUAAGGCAGCCAAAAGAUUUGGGUUCGCCCUGCGAUUUUGACUUCAGCUCUACUGGGCAAGGAACCAUAUUUGGAGACCGAAGUGGGAGUUCAAAACGGACGAGGCAGUAGAACAACGGGGUUGGUUUGAGCGAGUCUAAAGCCUCUCAAAAGACAUGUACAGUGAACCCUGGCAUAUUUGCAGUUGGGCAUUUGCUAAUUCAACCAUUAGAUUAUUUUUUUUUUGUGUGUGGAACCUUUCCUAUGUUAUUUGCUGAAAAAUUGGCGAUUUUCUUUACCACUUUGGCACCAUCUUGUGGCCAUGACAUGUUGAGGAGUUUUAUUGAGACAAUAGUGCUUUGCUUCCAUCUUGUGGAAAAUCUAAAGCCAAUUACAAAGGUAUUUAGGGGGUCAGUUAAAUCCAUAUCUCCUGUGUAUAGUGGGGGUUCACUGUACAACAAUAAUUAGUUGUCUAAAAAGGGGUACACACAAACCGCUUCUUCUUAAGUGAUUUUUUGUUUUUACACGUAAGAGGCCCCACACAUGAAAACAACCUGCAAGAUGUUCUCAGUGUUUACUGUACUCAAAAUGAAAAUUUAUUUGGCGUCUACAUUGCAGAUGCAGACUUCUCCUUUUUAAUGUGGUGAGUGACUUGGGACACCUGUUAGAGAAACACUCAACAUAGCCGCAGCACAAUUAGAGGAGCAACUCCUCUAAUUGUGCUGUGGAUUUUCAGGUCGCUUCCUGAUUGGUUUUCAUUCCGUUUUAUGUCACAAUCACGGGAUUCAGCGGCUCGGCCCAACUCGGUGUUGACCACAUGUAAGGAUUUGCAAUCGUAAAUAUUGAACAGAUUCAACAUUACCAAUUACAAUCAGGGAUGAAAAAUGACACCACAGAAUAACUGCUCGGGUUAAUCUUUCCAGAGACAUCCGACAAUUGGGCCUUUACAGACUUUGAUCGGAAGAGAGUAAAAAAAAUGCUUAAAUUAGGGGCGGGUAUGUGUGCACCCCGCUUUAGGUUGGGCUUUGUAAAUAUCUCCGAGUGGAGAUAUUGCUGUUCACCAGGGACCAAGUAAAUUGGCUUACAUGAAGGCUCUUCCACAUUUUCUUCCCUUAAGUUUAUUGACCCCUCGUCCCUUAAGCUUCUACCUCCAUUUAGAUCAGUACUUUUUAAAUCCCAAAUUAGGGGUGGCUUCUCUGUUUUAUUCCCUCCCCUUCUUGUUGUUCCCUCUUCUUGUUGUUCAGUUUAUUUAAAAUUUUUUUUUUUUUUUUUUUUUUUAGCAAAUACCACUAGUCUUUGAAUGUAAGUCUGCAGAGUGAAAUAAACAAAAAAAACAAACCUGGACUUAGAUGGAGGAGAAGGAGUGCACUCAACCUUAAUGAAAGUGAAGGUGACUGACCUUUCGCGAAACGUGUAAAUAUCUGAUUUCUUAAAUUGCUCGUGCCGGCCAACGUGCUGUGUUCCUGGUGUCCAUCUUGGAAGCAUGCUGUGUUCACAGCAUGGUGACAAUGAUGCAGUGCAGAUAGUUCGUCAUUACUCCUCAUGCUAUGUCCAAUUAAUAAUUGAGAUUGCCUUUAAUAUAACCGGUGCAAAGUAACAGGUCUGCAACACCUCCUUUUGUGAGCAUUCUGCAGGCUGUCAUUGUACCUGUGUAACCUGAUAUGACCUUCCUUAUGAAUGAUGGUUGACAACAUGAUAAAGAAUGAUGUAUGCGGUUCCAUGAAGUCCUAAUGCCAAUUGAUCCUAAUGAUUAGAAUUUUAACAAUACAAUGAACCCCCACUAUUUGCAAGGGAUAGGGAUCGAAAUCAAAGCAAAGUCAAAAGCCAAAGUCUGCAAUUGUCACCCCCCCAAAAAGGUAUAUACUGUACUGUAAUUGCCUAUAAAUGCCACAUGAUGGCAGCAAAGGACUACUUUUCUCUUAAUGAAGCUCCUCAACUCACUUCCACUCCAAGAUGCCACCUAGAUAGCGCCAAAGUAAUACUUUUAUUAAUUUAGCCUGUGCACAAAGUGGCGAAAAAUGGAGGAUAGGCAAAUUUGUGAAUGCUGAACUGCAAAUAUGCAGGGGUUGACUGUAUUCUCUAUAGGGGGUUUUCGGUUUACGACAAGUUCUGUUGCUACCAAAAUUUGUAUGUAAGUCAUAAACAUGCCGUAGUCUGUCACUAAAUUAAGCUAACACAUUAAUAAUGUUAUAAUUACAGUAUAUAAUUGUGUGAAAAACUCUUAUAGGCCACAGUAAAAGGAUCAAAUGAAGUACGAUGGUAACUGUGAGUGCUUCUUGUGCCGUGUGACCACGUAAUCUUACGUAUCUGUGGAUCAUUUAUUCUUUCCAUAAAAAAAAAAAAAAAAAGAAAUCAUUGUUUUGCUGUUUGUUUUAAUCUAAAAAAAAAUCAAGCUUAAAAUUUUAAUGAAAAAGAAUGUAUUUUUUUGUGUAAAAUAAUUAACUUGGCUAUUUUUUAUUUUUUAUUUCUAACUUGAAAAUGGAAAGAACAACUCAUACACAGAUAUUCAUACCGCUGCACAAACUUGUUCAUUGUGCGCCGUACAUAACCUCAAAACACUGUUGGUUGGUACCAUACCAUAAACCGAGGACCCCCCUGUACGUAUAUGAGAGGUAUGUCUUGGACAGGAAGUAGCUGAGUCAGAAGCUUUCUUGCCAGGUCUACAUGGAAAGGGGUAUUUCCCCCGCCCCCCAUAAAACAUUUUGAAUUGUACUUCUUUAUGCUCAUUAUAAGCCACAGAAAUCUUUUUUUAUUUGUUCCUUUUGUUUAUUCAAGUAUCACGUUCUGGAGUAACCUUUGAUUUGUGAUUACUGUUAUGUCACCUUAUGGUUUGAGAUUAUAGCCUGUUGAUUUGACUUGGCUAGACAGCCUGUUUUUUCUCCUGGUUUAUUUAUGCAGCAAAACUACAGUAGCCAUGGAAAAAAAAAGGUAUUUAUUUUCAAAGUUUACCCCUUAUUGGUGAGGAAAAGUACUUUUUAGGGGGAAUUUAUUAUUAUUAUUAUUAUUAUUAAAAUGGAAAUUAUUUUACUCUUUUAUAGGUGACAGAAAAUAACGGUUUGGGGGUUGCUUAUUAUUGUUAUUAUUAUUCUAAAAUAUAGUUCACAUUCAAGGGGUGACUAUCUGGAAAAAUUCCACUUUACCAUUUGCCCAAUCUGUCCACACAUUUGCCAAUGUUGCGUUUUACACAAGUGCUUCUGAUUGGUUGAAAUGGCUUGCUUGGUUUGGGGUUAGAGUGCCACCUGUUGCAUGGGCAUAGACUGCACAGCCUGUAAAUAUUUAAAAAAAAAUGCAUGUUUACUGGUUGACUUUUUUUAUUUAAAUUUUUUUACCUUGACACUAACUAACAUGGUUGAGGUUGCUAAUAAUUCGUUUGUGACUCACUAGCGCCUCUGGAGGAAAAAUUUGAUACUAAAAGAUGGCACCAGCUUGUUACCAAAAUCAUAUAAAUACCUGUAAAGAUGAAAUCAGGGGACCUUAAACAAAUGCAGGAAAACAAGGUGAAUGUGCGUAUUAAAGCCACACCAAAGUUAGGUUUGCUGUGUAUGACAUUGUGUAUUUUUCCAGGCAAGUCCAAAUACAUCUCUUCGGUCAAUGUCAUGUGUUUGGCUGCGGGUGAAAGAAAGAGUGGUGGAGCAAGCGCCUAGUCUGACACCGGUGGUUGACAGUGUUUGCGCACAUCAGGGGAAGAGAAAGACGAUCCGAUAGAAAGCAAUUGUUCUUGAAUGCGGCGUUUGAUUUUCCCGUGCUGGAAAAUCCAAUGCUGUCCAUCCGGGCAACGUGGGUAGCUUGUAGCUCAAUAUGUGGCACACAAGCAGCUCAUUGUCCUCGCUGCCUCGUCCUCCUCUCACGCUGCUCUGUUGGCUGAACAUGGAUUAGCAGGCAUUUUGCUGUCAGCUCGUUUCAAUUUCAAACAGCCCUAAUUAUCUUUCAAGUGCCACUACUUCAAGUAUCUUCCCCGCUUUUAGUGGGAUCUGAUGCCUCCCAAAAACAGGCCAGGAACUACAAACAUGUGCAGGAUGCAUGGGAAAGCACCUUGGAGAACAUUUCCUCCUCCUCCUCCUCCAACUCUCACUCACUCGUUCGCUUUUUUCUUGGCUGCCUCUGUCGCCCUGAUGAACAUUCCAGAUGUUAACACGACUGAGUUUAAUAUUAAACAGACAAGGCCUAGUGCUUCCCUGCUGUACUCAGAGUCACGGCACAGAAUCAAAGCUUGCAGAUGGUAGAACUGUUGAUGCUCUAAUCACUGCGGCCAAAUGUGGAGACAUUGGGGGGCAUCUUAAUGCUGCCUUCAAUAAAACUGGGAGUAUACGAACUUGGAAACACAAAGUCAAAAUGUAACCUAUCAAUGAAUGUAACAUUUUAUUCAAAUCCAGAUCGUCUUUUUAAGCACCAUUCGAUAAAACUGGGUAAUAAUCUUAACUAUCCUUCUACCCUCCCCAGUGAGAAAUCUGACUUUGAGUAGCAUUCUACUGAACUUCUCCCAGUUUUUGCGCUUUAGUCUUAUUUUACAACAUUAUUGUGCAUGUGGAUUUGCCUCACCUUCGCCAAUUAUGCGGUCAAUUAUACUUUUGUUUUUUGGUUGGAGGUCAGAAAUUUCUCACUUCCCAGUUGCAUGACAUCAGACAACUGUAACUUGACAAAGUCUUGGUCUUUCACUGUUUUUGUUCCAUUGUUGCACGAUGUCUGACAAAUGUAAGUCUGUGAAAUUGGAAUGCAACAAGUCUUUUAAGUUCGUUUUUGUUCCAUUAUUAGGCAAUAUCAGACUGCUCCAGCUAUAAAAUCGAUUUGCUUUACUUCGCAAGUAGGAUCUCUGACUUCAAGUGGAAUUCUAUUCCGCUGGUCUUAUUCUGGAAGUCAGAAAUGUUGAACUUCCAAGUUCACAAAUACAACAAUAGUCUUUUAGUAUGUUUUGUUCCAUUCUAUUCCAAAUCCAUUUACUUUCCUAUCAAAUAGGAACUCUGGCUUCAAGUGGCAUUUGAUUCCACUCAUCUCAUUUUACAUAUUAUAUGGAGGUCAUAAAUUAUGGACUUCAUGGAUGUCAGUGAUGCAUCAAUGGUUUUGUUCCAUUGUUGCACAAUGUCACACUCCUGUAACUCAAUUGGCAUUCUUUUCCAUUCAUUCGAUUCUAUUCCAAAAUUGCUGACUUCCCAGUUUUCUGGAAUGCAGUAAUUGCCUUUUAGUAUUUUUUUGUUCCCUUUUUCUGUAAUGUCAGACUCCUUUAACUCAGUCAAGUCAGGGUGCAUCAAUUUGGACCAUGUUCACGAGUAUUUUGAGUGGCAUCACUUUUCAUCCAAGGUCAGAGAUUUCAAACUAACCAGUUUGCUUGAAUACAGCAAAAGUGCAGUUUAUUUUAUAUUUAUUUUGUGAUGAAUUUCAAAGGUUGUGUAUUUGCCCCAAAUUCGAGCAGGAUAAGACCUGCUAGUUUUUCUGUUAUGUCUUAUGUCUUUUAGUACAUUAUUGUUGCAUUAUUGCUUGACAUCGGUAAAGUCAGGAUACACAAAUAUGCCCAAACUUCAUUGCAUUCUCUCUCGUCUGCGGUAAGAAAUUUCUGACUUGACAGUUUGUUCAGUGCAGCAAUAAUUCAGCUUAUUUUGGUACAUUGUUGACACUCUGUGAAGUUGAGGUACUGUACAUCGAUUUGCCCCAAAGUAUGAGGUUUGACUUUGAAUGGCUUUUUCUACUAUACCUUUCCUUGCUGAACAUUGGAAAUUUUAGGCUUCCCAGUUUAGAAUGUUGCUUGACAGCCCUGAUGUCGCCAGUAGGAACUACAAGUGGCAUUUCUUUGUAUAUUUCCUUUUUUGUCUUCCCAGUUUUCUUGAUUGCAGCAGUCUUUUUUUUUUCAAAAGUACAUCGAUUUGCCCCAAAUUUACAAGUAGUAGCUUUGACUUUGAGUGGCAUUCUAUGUCACGUUCCAAACAAAGAUCAGGCAUUUCCCACGUCCCAGUUUUGGUUAACGCUGGUUAACAAUGCUUUCAAUUGUUGUUUGUAUGCCUUUCCCUAAAUGUAUCUUGAGCUGCGAGUUCAUCUCUGGUGUAUUUUGGCUCCAUGUUAAAGUACCCCGAGGCUUCACCUUGCUAACACGGUGAGUCAUCCGCUCUCACGUCACCGCUUUGAUUCGGAAGAAGGCCGACGUCAGGCCGUGGCCCCCUCGAGUAACACGUUUCCUUUUCAUCCCCCUGCAUGUCCUCCAGUUAGCAGUUAGUGACAGAACAAUGUCUCCCAAUCAGAGCUGUCGUUUGACGUAUUUAGCAAAAUGACAAAGCCUUACUGCCUCUCUUAAACUCUCCUUCCAAGUGGGUGGGACCCACUACUGUGAUGCAGGGGCCAAAGGUAAAGCAAUACAAUUUUGUUGUGUCAGCUCUUGUAAAAAAAAGAACACUAACAGCUUCAAUGGCAGUAUUUACAUGUGACGGAUGUGGGGGUUACGUAUUGUACUAUGAUGUUUAAAAAAAAAAAUGUAAUUUUUUUCAUGACAAACACAAGUGCUUUUUAUCUUAAAAGAAAAACUUAAAGAGUGUAGCAAAUGCUGUUUGUCUGCUUCUCCAUUGUUUGUACUCAAGAUGCAGGUGGCUGGUGACUAUUUAUAUAUUUAUUUACUUGUUUUUGAUGUUCUUUCAUGAAAGUGAUGUCAAAGAUUAUACUCCUCAGACUUAUUACUGUAUUUAGUUUACGGUAUGUACAAAGCGAUAUAUAGAUGAUGUGUCCUCAAAAAUAAAUAUGUUUGGCUCUUUUUUUUAAUUUAAAUUUA